AUGUCCAACGUAUCAGGCCCAGAAAGACCAAAAGUUGAUGGCGGAUUUGAAAGAGAUUCCGGAGAAGAUAUUCUCAAACAAAUGAAUAAAGUUCCUUUAUUCAUGACUGAAUUACCGGAGGAAGAAAAUGAUGCACUUGCGGCUUUACAAUCUUUAAUUUACGAGGGUCCACCUGAAGAAAUUGCAGAGAAUUUUAAAAAUCAGGGAAAUGAAUGUUUUAAAACAGGAAAAUCACAAUAUCAAGAUGCGAUAAAUUUUUACACGAAAGCAUUAGAAACAAAUUGUCAAGACAAUAAAAUCAUUGAAGCAUGUUUAACAAAUCGUGCAGCUGUUAAUUUAGAAUUACAAAAUUAUCGUAAAGUUCUUACAGAUUGUGCGAAAGCCAUUAAAUUAAAUCCUCAAAACAUCAAGGCAUUUUAUCGUUCUGCAAAAGCCUUAUAUGCGCUUGAUAAAAUUGAUCAAGCUUUAGAUUGUUGCGAACAUGGAAUUGAAAUAGGGCCAAAUAACUUAGCCUUACAACAAUUAAAAGAGAUUUGUAUCAAACGAAAAGAGAUAUUGGAUCAAAAGGCUAAAAUUAAAGAAGAGCGUGAACGAAAGGAACGAGAGAAAAAAGAGGCAUUAGAGAAAGCUAUAAAGAUGCGUAAUGUUAAAAUGGAAAUGACACCCGAUGCACCGAUAUCACCUCAUUCAGUACAUCUAGAUACGGAAACUCAACAAUUAAUUUGGCCCGUUUUUUUCCUAUAUCCAGAAUAUAAGGAAACAGAUUUUAUUGAAGCGUUUAAUGAAGAAAAUACAUUUUUUGAACAUCUUGAAGUGAUUUUUGAACAACCAGCACUUUGGGACAUUGAACAAGUAUUGUCACAUUCAAAAUAUGUUGUAAAAAAUGGUAUUCCUAGUUUUAUCGUUUUACAACAACAAGGAAAGUUUCAAGAGGAAUUUUUGGCAAAAUAUAAGAAAGUUAAUGAAUAA